AUGGCUAGAAAGAGAGUGAAGCUCGCAUUCAAGGUAAAUGACUCUGUGAGGAAGGCAACAUACAAGAAAAAGAAGAACGGUAUGAUGAAGAAGCUCAAAGAGAUCUGCACCGUUUAUGGGAUUGAGGCAUGUGCUAUAGUGUACAAGCCUCAUGCUCGUCAGCCAGAUAUUUGGCCUUCCCCAGAGGGGGUCAAAAAGGUGCUGUCCAGGUUCGCGCAGGUGCCUGAACUUGACCGGAGAAGAAACAUGAUGAACCCGGAGAGUUACCUGAGUCAAAUGAUCCGGAAGGCCAAGAAGCGGCUGGAGAAGAUAAGGGAAGAGAAUAGGCAGAAGGAGAAGACCCUUCGCAUGUACCAAUAUCUUAAGUCGGGGAAGAUCCCUGACAAUUUAACCAAGGCUGAGCUAAAAGAUCUGGCUAACGUGAUUGAUCAGCAAAUGAAAGAAAUCAAGGAGAAGAUGGCUGAACUAGGGAAGGCUGAAACGGCUCAGAGCCAAUCCACAAUGGUAGCAUCGGCAUCGCUUGAUGAUGGAACAGCCAGGAACAAAGGGAAGGCACCUGUGGAUGGUGGCCAUGGAUUGGAGGUGAUUCUGGAUGUCAUGAAAAACAAGCAGUGA